AUGUACAGAGGUCAAAAUGGCGGUAGUUACCGCGAUAGGCGUGAUCCGUCACCAAAGAAUUGGCGCAUGGGGCCGAAAGAAAAUAAGCGUGAUGGUAGACCAGGUAAUGAGAAAAUAUCGGGCAUGUGCAUGUCACUUCCUCCGCAAAGCUCAUACGAAGGUUGCAUAGAAAAGGGAAAGCUCAAGCUAGCUAAUGGGAAUUCAGUUCCAGUAGUUACUAGUAGUUGUACUAUUGAAUCAUUAGAAGGUGAAAGGCAGUUAGACUUGAAGCAGGGUUAUGUAGGAGACCAAGAAGUUAAAGUACUUAGAGACACAGGGUGUGAGUUAGCAGUUGUUAGAAAGAAGUUGGUUACAGAAGAUCAAAUGUUGAAAAAAAACUGCGUAAUGAUAGCAAUUGAUGGACGUGCAAGAUUAGUCCCUAUGGCUCAGAUUAGAAUUGACACACCAUACUUCAAGGGUGAAAUAGAGGCCAUGGUUUUAGAAACCGUAAUUUGUGAUUUGGUAUUAGGCAACAUUAGUGGCGUGCUAGAUAAACCAGAUGAAAAAUGGAUUGGUCGUGAUGCCAGUAAAAUAGAAGCAACGGACACAAAUGUAGCUGCUGUAGUCACAAGGGCACAAGCAGAGAAGGAGAAGAAACCUAUGAAGCCACUUAAAGUACCGGUAGUUAAAGAAGAUGAAACAACGGUUGAGUUGCUUAAGAAAGCACAGUCAGAGGAUAAGUCAUUGAACAGGCUAUGGAGAUACGCCGAAGAGAAAAAAAUAAAGUCGACAAAAGGUGGCAAUAAGUACAGAUACGAGAUAAGCAAAGACGUAUUGUACAGGAUCUUUGAGACAGUGAAGGGCGAUAAGAAAGUAGAAACCAAGCAGAUAGUGGUCCCGAAGAUAUACCAGAAGCGUGUUAUGUCUUUAGCACACGAAUCUAUAGUGGGUGGGCAUCUUUCAGUUCGCAAGACUGUAGACAGAAUACAGUCAAGCUUUCAUUGGCCAGGAAUAUCAAGAGACGUCACAAGGUUUUGUCGUUCAUGCGAUAUUUGCCAGAAAACAGUACCGAAGGGUAAAGUUCAGAAGGUACCUCUUGGUGAGAUGCCAAUCAUCGAUGCUCCAUUUCAACGGGUUGCUGUUGAUUUGAUUGGGCCAAUUUCGCCUAUUUCAGAAAAAGGAAACCGUUACAUCUUGACAGUAGUUGAUUAUGCUACACGUUACCCUGAAGCAGUUGCUUUGCCAAGAAUAGAGACAGAAAAUGUUGCAGAAGCAUUGCUAGACAUAUUCUCUAGAGUAGGUUUUCCUUUUGAAAUCUUAAGUGACAGAGGUAGCCAAUUUACAUCGCAACUUAUGGAAGAAGUAUGCAGGCUCGUGUCCCUUAAACAGUUGUUUACGACACCUUACAACCCGAAAUGUAACGGCCUUUGUGAGAGAAUGAAUGGAAUUCUCAAAAGUAUGCUAAAGAAAAUGUGCCAAGAGAGACCCAAAGACUGGGAUCGAUAUAUAUCUGCUGUAUUGUUUGCAUACAGGGAAGUCCCACAAGCCAGUACAGGAUUUUCCCCAUUUGAAUUGUUAUAUGGUAGAACAGUGAGAGGUCCAAUGCAGGCACUGAAGGAACUUUGGACAGAAAGCGAAGUUCCAGAAACCAGGAACACGUAUGAAUACGUGCUUGAUCUACGAAACAGACUAGAAGAAACGUGCAGAAUUGCAAGGGAGAGUCUCAGCAAUGCACAAGUAGAAUACAAACAUCAUUAUGAUAAAAAGGCAAGAGCACGAAGUCUCGAGCAAGGAGACAAAGUUUUAGUCCUCCUGCCUACAUCUCACAACAAACUCAUGUUGCAGUGGAAGGGUCCAUUUGAUGUAGCUGAAAUUGUAAACAAAUUUGAUUAUAAAGUAAAGAUAGGCGACAGAGUAGUUGUUUAUCACAUAAACCUUUUGAAGAAAUAUGAGGAGAGAGAAGAUAAGGUCUGUGCAAGUGUAGCAGUUAUAGAAGCAGAGAAUGAAAGUGAAACUGGUGUAGUUGACGAUGAGAGUUUACUGAACGUAGUAAACAGUAGUGGUACUGAGACGUACAGAGAUGUUUGUGUAAAUGAGCAGUUGUCUAGAGAGCAGAAAGCUGAAGUGUAUGCUCUGCUUGAAGAAUUUAAAGAUAUAUUCACUGAUGUACCAGGGACAACUGACCUUGAAGAACACAAGAUUGAUUUGACUGAUGAGACACCGAUACGUGUUAGGCAGUACAUUAUACCUUACGCAAAGAGAAAAGACGUUGAAGACGAAGUUAAGAAUAUGUUAGAAGCUGGAGUCAUAGAACCUGCAAAUUCAGAUUACAACUCCCCGGUUGUUCUUGUGAAGAAGAAAGAUAAUACAAACCGCUUUUGUAUAGACUUCAGACGCAUUAAUUCUUUCACGAGGUUCGACACGAAACCUAUGGGUAAUGUAGAGGAUAUUAUGGCGAAGUUGAGAGAAGACAACUACUUCACAAAGAUUGACCUGACCAAAGGUUAUUGGCAGAUACCAACAGAAGAAAAGUCGAGGCAUUUGACCGCAUUCUCUACUCCAGAAGGCAGUUACCAGUUCAGAAAAAUGCCGUUCGGAAUGGUAAAUUCUGGGGCAACAUUCAAUCGAAUGAUGAGAAAGUUGUUGGCUGGCAUCAAAGAUGCAGAUAAUUAUGUGGACGAUGUCCUUGGACACACUAUAACCUGGGAGAGACACGUAAUGGUGUUGAGAAAUGUAUUCACCAGAAUACGGGAAGCAAGACUGACAGUAAAGCCAUCAAAAUGUAUGAUUGGAUUUGGUAGUAUUUCGUUUACCGGCCACGUUGUAGGUGACGGCAUGAUGCAAAUAGAGGACGAUAAGUUAGACAAGAUACGUAGUGCUGAGAGACCAGAAACUAAGAAGCAACUUAGGUUAUUCCUUGGUUUGGCGGGAUACUAUAGGAAAUUCAUCGGGUCCUUCGCAGAGAUCGCCGCCCCUUUGACAGACCUAACGAAGAAAGGUCAACCAAACAAAAUAGUCUGGAGGUCAGACCAUGAAACAGCCUUCAUGACACUGAAGCAAUUAUUGACUCGUGCGCCGAUAUUACGUUUGCCGGACUUCUCCAAAAUGUUUGUCUUGCAGUGUGAUGCUUCGGAUACUGGGGUUGGAGCAGCCCUUCUACAAAGGUUUGAUGACGGAUUGUUUCCUAUUGCAUAUGCAAGCAAGAAGCUUUUGAAACGGGAGAAGAACUACUCAGUAAUAGAAAGGGAAUGCCUAGCUAUGGUUUUUGGAAUUAAGAAAUUCCACAAGUACUUGUAUGGACAACAGUUUGAACUACAAACUGAUCACGCACCUUUGACCUACAUUCAAAAAUGUAAAAUUGAAAGCGGUCGAAUUAUGAGAUGGGCCUUGUUCUUGCAGAACUACAAGUUCCGAAUCGAGGCUCUCAAAGGAACAGACAACGUCUGUGCAGAUUACCUGAGUAGACUGGAUACCUGA